UCCACCUUCCAACCUAACGUUAUGCUUCAGACACACCGAAGUCGGAAGAGUCUGAUGGGUGUGGCUGGAUGUCAACCUCCGCCCACCCACAGGCUGCAGUGAGGCGGCUCACCUUGAAACGCUUUCGCCGCCAGUGUCUGUCCCAAGCUGUGAUGUUACGUUAGCUAAUUGCUAACAGAAACAUGGGCAGCUUCAUGGAUUACGCCUAUCCAGCUGGAGAUGAGAGCGACGCCAGCAAUGAUGAGUGGGACAUUGGGUGUUCGGAUAAAAAGUCUCCUCGCAUCAAGGGUUUGGAUGCUGUUGUACCAGAUGCAGAAGAUAAUGUGUCAUUGCUGAAAAGAGCCAUCAGUAAAGGAGACAUUGAGGCAGUUAAACAGCUGUUGGACAAUGGCAUCGACGUGGAGACCAGGCUUGGCUUUGAAUGGACUCCUCUGAUGUGUGCUGUCAAUGUGGCCAAUUAUGACCUGGCCAAACUGCUACUGGACAGAGGGGCCAGUGCCAACUUCAGCAAAGAUCAUUGGACAUUGCUGAUGGCCACCUGCACUGCGUCUGCCAGUGAAGACAAAAUUGCUCGCUGUGUGGAGCUUCUGCUUUCCAGAAAUGCUGAUCCCAACAUGGUUGACAGGUCUCACAUGACCUGCCUGAUGCAGGCAGCCAGGAACGGUUACAGUAAAAUCAUCAACCUGCUGGUUUCCCAUGGGGCAGAAAUCAAUGUCCAGGAUGACAAUGGAUACACGGCUUUGUCCAUAGCAGUGCAGUAUGGCAGAGAGGAGGCAGUGCUGAAGCUCCUCCAGCUGGGGGCAAACCAAAGCAUAAAGACCAAGGCUGGCAAGAGCCCUGCCGAACUGGCUGUGAUCUUCAAACACUCACAGAUAUGCAGAAUUCUGGCCUCUUCAUCCCACGCCUCGACUGUCGAGGCCUUCAGCUCCAUGGAAGAGACCCUUGCAAAGUUCUUCAAAACUAACUCUGAACCGCCACCUUCCAAGGAAAAAGUAACCAAGCUUGAUGACCUUGAGCUCCUCCUACACGGCCUUGAUCUUGGCUACCUCACUGACAUCAUGACUGAACAUGAUAUCACCUGGAGCUACCUGUCGACCAUGGAGAAAGAGGACUUGGAGAAGAUUGGUAUCACAGACCCGGUGGACCAGCAGAAGGUGCUGAGUGCUAUGAAGCAGAUGCACCUGGACAAAGUGGACCUAGACACACUCAGCCAGCUGGGAGCCACAGACAUUGGGAGUGAGGAGCUGCAUAACUUCUUGAUAAGAGUAAGGCAGCAUUGUUGUUACCUGACAGAGACAAUUCAGGAUGUCGUCAGCCGUUUUCCCGGCCAAGCCUAUAAGCUGGUCUUCUCAUUGGAACAGAAGAAGGAGGCCCAGGCCAUCUGCAACCAGGUAGUGGUCCAGACUAAAGAUCUGCAGAAGGAAGUCGCCUGUCUCCGCAAUCUGCUAUGCCAGAUGGACGAGGCCGGAGAUCGCUGUCAUAUUCUUCAACCUGGUUCCCACAGCAACUGGAGGAUGCGGUCCCUGACCAGAGUAGCACUAAGCGCUCUCGGCGCCAGCUUCCUCUUGCUCCUCUACAAAGCUGCCAGUGGCAAGGUUUACCAGCAGAUGUUCAGGAGUGCCUGCUAAACACCUGAAUGGUUGUGUUCAGUCAGUUAAUGAGCUUGUAAUAUUUUGUUUUGACUGUAGGUGAUAAAUUGGAUUAUGGAAGGACUGAUAUGUUUUAGGAUAAAACAGAAUUUUUGUUGUUCUAACACUUUUGUUUUCCACUUUGGUCUGACUGGUCUUUGAGUUUAGUUCUGAAUUCUUUUACCUUUUUAUGUUUUAAGGGUUUAAGUGAAAAUUAAAGUUUCUUAUGAGGAACAAUUUCUUGCUUAGUCAAAUUAAGUUUUAAGUUAAGAAUGUUUUAAUAAUGUUCAGGCCUUGAAGUAACGGAUGUCAUGGAAUACUUCAUCAUUUUGGGAAAUAUGCUUAAUUCACUUGAUCCACUCAACCAGAGUGAGAAGAAAAAGAUUGUCAUCAACUUCAUGUCUGUGCAUUGAGUAUGGCGCUCGAGCUGAGAGGCAAUUAGACUGGAAGCAGCUGAAAAUAUACACUUUGUCCUUUUAUGGGGAUGUUGGGGGCUGCAGAGACAAUGACUUCCCUCAAUGUUCUUGUCACAGUAAGUUUGGCAAACAACCAGCAGUCAUUAUAUUUCAGUUGAGGUAUGUAUUAAUCAAACGAGAUACAACUUGUCAGUUAGUGAGCUGUAGAGAUGUUAGUUAGUAGAUGCGCUUUUUAACAUUGGACAUAGGCAGACUAGCCGUUUCCCCCUGCUUCUAGUCUUUAUGCUAAGCUAGGCUAAUUGUCUCCUGACUCCAGUUGCAUACUUAACCCACAGCAAUGAAAUGUUGUUUUUUGUAUUUUUUUUUAAAAUCAGAGUGCUGUGCCUUUGUCAAACCGCUUAUCAUUUUAGCCACGACCACCCAAGAUUUUCAAAACCCAGAAACAUAAAUUGUUAAUCUUGAUUGUUUGUAAGUUAUCAGCUCAGUCCUUUAAGUGAGUUCAGCUCAGUUAAUACUUGAUUUAGCAUCUUUCACAAAUUCCAUUCCAGGUAAAUUCAGUCUGUUCAGGCUACGACCUGACUGGUGAUGUUGAUAUUGUAAGAGUUUUUCUCUUCAUAAAACGUGUAGUGAAAGACA